AUGACAAUCACCACGGCGGGCGUAGCCGUAAACAUCACACCCACCGUCACAAAGACGUUCUUCAAGCACUACUACAAGAAAGCCAAACGUCGCCUCCGCAACCGAUCUCGCAAGAAUGCCACCGAUUCCAAUGCUCCCAACGCUACCGACGAAUUCAUGUUCGACGAAGCCUUCCACAUCGUCAAGGCCUUCAUCGAAAUUGGUACGAGCGACACGGUGGAAGCAAUCCAGAACUUUACUGACGCACCUGCUCCUCCCAUCCCUUGGGCGACGACGUUACCUGUGAUCAUUCCGAUGGAGAGCUGCGACAAAGCAGCCAAGCUGCUUGUAGAGCAUCUAGGUCCGAAUGAUCUGGAAAAGUUGGUGGGUGGAGAAAAGUGGUGGCAAUUGAGACCUUUGCCGGGUGUCCAGGGUGAGUGGAUUGCCAUGUCGAAUGAUUGGAAGAAGAUGAAGACGAUGGAGAAACGUGCUCAGCAGGAUAGGGCCAAGCCCUCGCCGGCUAUGACGAGCAAGCAGAGGAGGAGGAGGAACAAGCGACACGAGAGAGCACUGUCAGAGAUUAAGGCCAUGCGUCAAAAGACAGAGUCAGCUUUGAAACGUCGUUCGCAGUCGUUCAAGAGGUCUUCGCAGGAUGCAAAGCGUCAGAGAGAUGCUGAAGCAGAGGUGGAAGACGAUGAGGAUGCAGCAUCAACAGCACCAAGCGAGGCAGAAGUACCCCAGCCGACCUUCGAUCCUGCUACCGAUAUGGCAUCCGACAACGGCACCGAAGAUCACCCAGCAGAGACAGAAGAGCUCGACCGCCUACAACGAGUCAUGCUCUACUUCCACGGUGGAGGAUACUACUUUGGCUCCCUCGCGACCCACCGCUACCAGAUCGUGCGCUACGCGCGCAAGUUCGGAGGCAAGUGCUUUGCGCCCAUCUAUCGCAAGGCGCCCCAAUAUCCGUGGCCCUGUGCGCUUCAAGACGCAGUCGCGUCCUACCUCUACCUUUUGUAUCCUCCGAAGGGUGCGAAACACAGACCGGUGGACCCGAAGAAGCUCGUCAUCGCAGGCGAUAGCGCAGGAGGCGGAUUGACGCUGGCCUUGUUGACGGUAAUCCGAGAUAUGGGGUUGCCGGCGCCGGCGGGUGCAGUGCUCAUCUCACCUUGGUGCGAUUUGACCCAUUCGUUCCCAUCUAUCUUGCAGAACACGGCGACAGAUAUCAUUCCUCCUUAUGGAUUCAUCCAUAAACCGUCAACGUUGUGGCCGAUCAACGCUACAAAGCCGAUGAAAGGAGAUGAGGAGGGCGAAGCCAAGACUGAUGAAGAGCAGCCGAGAAGAAAGGUGCCGGUGGGUGUUGAAAAGGAUGGCGAGACCAAGGGUGAUUCAGAGCCCGCUGCUCGAAAGAGUUCGGACGGUGGAAACCUGACGUCCACGAGCGAGAAACCCAGCGACGCUGUACGAACCGCUCCAUCGCCUCCAUCCUCAACCAGAAAAGGCAUUCCCCCGGCACCGGACCUGCUCUGGUCCGACCCCAUCACCAUCUCCCGCGCCGACACCACCCGUGAGGCCAUCGAGCUGCGCGAGCAAAUCCAGCUCUACGCCACGAACGACCAACUCACCCAUCCGCUGUGCUCCGCCGUCCUCUCUGGCUCACUCGGCGGUCUACCACCUCUCUACAUCCUCGCCGGUGACGCUGAAGUCCUACGCGAUGAGAUCGUCUACCUCGCGCACCGAGCUGCCCACCCGCAUCGCUACCCUCUUCGUAAAGAUCUGUUGGAUCACUCGGCGCGUAGUCGCGAGAACGCAGAAAAGUACGAUUCGCAGCCGACAAAGGUUCAUCUGCAGAUCUACGAUCAGAUGUGCCACGUGCUGACGGCUUUUGCGUUCACGAGUCAGUCGAGGUUCGCGUAUCGGGCGGUGGCGAGUUUCGUCAAGCAUGUGACGGGUGCGCCGACGGAUAUCAAGAAUCCAUUUCCGGAGGCGCAGGAGGGUGAUGAUAAGAGGGAGGAGGGAGGGAGCGAUGAUGGAGAUGGUGAUGAUGGGGUUGACGGUGUAUCUGACAACGUUGGAGGCGAGGUGAGUUCACCUCCGCUAGCGAGCAGCUUAAGGAGCGAGCAGAACUCAUUGGGCGGUGCGGUAACGACGACGCCUUCUGCGACUUCGUCCCAGAGUCAAGGGAAUGGGUUGAGUGCGAUGACGGGCUUCGAUGAAAAGCCGCAGCUCGACGCUAUCGACACACACACGAAGGGUGAUACGACCAACACCACCUCUCAACUCCAUGAUGAGCCCGAAUCCAUGUCAGCAAUAGAGCCCUCUAGCGGCACCACUCCGGCCACUGGGGCCAACACUCCUGCGACAUCGAGCACGAAAUUGCGUCACCGCUCCAUGUCUCAACUUCUCAGCGACACGCUUCACGGCCACCCAACCGGCACCAACACUCCCGCUGUCCCUAGAUCACGACGCGGAACCGCCGACCAUCCCAACCAGUACGCCGGGCAAGUCCCCCUGCUCCGACCCUCGUUCCAAUCCUUCAUGAUCCGCGAACGGGUCGACACGCUCGGCUACCUUCGACCUCUCGAACCCGAAACGUCGCUUCCCUGCCUUCAGAUCCACCCUUCUUCCAUCGGCUGCAUCAAAGAAGGACCUGUCGACCGCUACCUCACCGGUCAAACCCAAUGGGCGAAGCGUUUCGCCAAAACGGCGCGUAAAGUGGAAAAGCAAAGAGCGAAAAACGAAUCCACGGCGCAAAAGAUGCUCCAAGAAGCCUCCUCGCAAGGACUGCUCGAUCUCGCUUCUUUACGCAAGAAACGAAACGGCCUGUUUGAAGCUUCGUCGAACUCCUCGGAGUCAAAAGGUGUGGGUGUCAACGCAAACGACGUGGCAAAGGGAGCAGAGCGAUGUCGAGAAAAAUGGUCUUGGCUGGUCGACUUCGGACCCUUCGAUCUGACGCACGAAACACCGCCUCCCGCCGCCAUCGCCGGCAGAAGAGAUACCGAUGACGCCCUUGUGCUGCUGAGACGAUCCCUCCAAAUCAGAGCCAGAGCGUACGGUGUGCAGAGGAAAAGCAGAUUCUGGGGUGCAGAGGAUCGUCCCGUUCGAGCGCAUUGGAGAGCAGAAGACGAAACGGGAUUGGAGACCAGCACCGAUCCCAGCGGAAACACGGUCGAGGAAGGGGGGGGAGCUGCCAAAGCUGGCGCAGGAGCAAAGGGCCACCACCACCACAGAGGUCUGAGAGUGUGGAACCUGUUGAUGGUCGGCAAGAAACCUGGUACGGUGUCGGGCAAGGAGAAGAGCUAA